AUGGUUACAAUGGCUCGUUCAAGGAAUAUUGACGGACCGUACGAGUCAAACCCAGCAAACCCAAUCCUAACCAACGCCAACAAGACGCAAUAUUUUCAGACGGUUGGACACGCCGACAUUUUCCAAGAUGCCUCAGGGAACUGGUGGUGCGUUGCCCUAUCGACUAGAGCCGGACCAGAAUAUUCUCACUUUCCCAUGGUUCGCGAAACAGUCUUGACUCCAGUAACGUGGAACGAAGGGGAGUGGCCAUAUAUGUCGCCCAUCAAAGGCAAAAUGACUGGAUGGAGGAUGCCCCCAAGCAAUCUAGAUGUUGAGGGCCCUGGACCCUGGAUACGUUUGGGUAAAGUUGAGAGAGAUGCCGUUAAUUUUGUACCAGGGUCAGCACUACCUGCCCAUUUCACUCACUGGCGCUACCCUAUCGAAAGCUCAUACUCAGUCUCUCCACCCGAGUAUCCUAACAGCUUACGCCUGGCACCCUCAAACCUCAAUCUGACAGCACUCAACGGCAAUUAUGCGGGCCCAUCAGGGCUAACGUUUGUCGGGAGGCGACAGCAGGAUACCCUUUUCACUUACGGCGUCACUAUUGAUUUUGCGCCGACAAUGGAAGAGGAGGAAGCUGGCGUAUCCUCCUUUCUUACUCAGAAUCAUCAUUUCGACUUGGGCUUAGUUUUGCUGCCAGCAAGCGCGAGAACGCAGGAGUUCCCGGGGCGCAAUCUGUCCGCAAACAGUGACCCCGACGAGCUGAAGCUUCACUUCAGGUUCCGAGCCAUGUCGUAUACUUCUGUUCCAGCCGAUGUUGUUGCACCAGUUCCAUCGGAAUGGCUGGCUACGCCGUUGCGUCUAGAAAUCAAAGCUGCUAAUAUGACGCACUAUACAUUUUCUGCUGGCCCUGCCGGUGCGGCUUCUCAGAUGAAAACAAUCGUUUCUGCUUCCAAUGCUGCACUCAGCUGGGGGUUUACAGGGGUACUGUUAGGAGUUUAUUGCACCACCAAUGGAGGAUCUGGAUCAACUCCUGCGUAUAUAUCCGAUUGGAAAUACGACCCACAAGGGCAGUUCAGAGACUGA